GCAGUUUUAAAAAGAAACGUGUAACAUCAAAUAAAUAUAGAUGACUUAUCUUCUUUGCACCAUUUAGUUUGAUAAACAGGAAAUGAAUUUCUGGCGAAAUGUCUCUUACACAUCGGAGCAAAUUGUUCAACAAACUGAAAAUGGCUUGUAAUGAUAACUGGUCCACUCCUUUUUGCAAUUGCGAAUAUCCCGAAGAGACGCGAUGGAAAAAAUCGACUAAGAAAAUCGCUAAAUGCAAAUGUGGCGAAGAUAUUUCAAAAAGAUUGGACUGGACAUGGGAUGCAAUAACGUCGACCGAAAUUAUUGUUUCCGGAGCCGAAGUAAUUUUUCAUCCCGUUUAUAGUCAGGGUACAACAAUGGUACGCGGCAAUGAACCAUUAAAACGAGGAAGGCAUCACUAUUGGGAAUUAAAAAUGCUAUCGCCACUAUCAGGAACAGACGUUAUGUUCGGCAUCGGAACUGAUAAGGUAGAUCUACGGCGGCAUCGAUUUUCUUUUUCUAGUGCGCUUGGUAUCGACAAUCAAUCAUGGGGUUAUUCCUAUCGUGGUUUAGCGCAACACAAUGGCCAACUGAAGUAUUAUGGGAAGAAAUUUAGCCGUGGCCGUAUUAUAGGGAUUUAUGUCGAUAUGUGUCGCGGUACAUUGGAGUAUUUUCUUAAUCGGCGAUCUCUUGGUCGAGCAUAUACGAAUAUUCCAACCGAAGAAGAUGUAAAGAUAUAUCCCAUGGUGUCUUCUACAUCCGCCAAAUCGUCUAUUAAGCUGAUAAACGCUGCUUCCUAUGAGGAUAACCUUCGAUUCCACUGUAUGAAAAUAAUAUGCAAGUACCCAAAGCUGCUGGAAGAAGUCUACGCAAUACCGGGAUUAAAAAGGACUGCACAAGAUUUGUGGUUCUUACAGCUCAAGGAACCAAAGAUUGCCGCCGAAUUUGAGCGCAAUAAUUUACAUUUGGCCGAUGAGGCAGUUCUUUGUGGAACGAAAAUGAGACAUUUAAAUUCAACACAAACGAAUUAUAACGUAUCUACCAAGGACUUGGAAAUCAAUACUGAAUCGCAGAUCUACGAUAACUUAAUGCAAAAAGAAGAUUGAAGCAGAAUCAAAAUUUCUGUGA